UUCUUCCCACUAUUGCAAACAAAUCUUCACCAGCGCAUGGAACAUGACUUUCACUUGAAAGCUCAAAAAAUCAUUUAUUUAAUUAUUCUGAAAAAUAAAUAAAUAAUUACAAUGACCUGUUUAAUUUGUGGAGCUAGUUCCACAACCCCAGACCCCUGCGAUGAAGAUUCUUGUACUGAGACGUUAAAUGCCAUUAUAUUUUUUCACAAAAUAUUGAACAUUCCGUUGUUACAAUGUUCAAAAUACUUGGAGAAUACAAAGACUGCCGGUGGCGGAAUACUGUCAUCGUUCUGCGACCCAUGUAAUGGACUUGUGAAACAAGGGCUCGUCUUAUCGUCCAGAAUGGAUGAGGUUGCUGCGGAGCUGGAAGGGGUUAAGCACACUUUAUUGAAUCACCUACUCGUGGUGGAAACUAAUCAUCGGAACUUCACCAGUCAAGAGAGUAGGCUGAAGCUUGCCACCAAUGUGAAGAAAUGUUUCAAUGUUCUCGUGGAUAACGAUAACAUAAUGGAAGCAUCUUUUGAGGAAAACUGUAAUGGAAUCGGAAUUAUUUCUUCAACCACUUCCAUCCAUAACCUCGGGGAAGAGAUUCUUCCCCACUUUUUGUCGUCCCCACUUUCCACUCCUUCCGAAACAUAUAAUUAUCAUAGCCAGGAGCAUGUGAGUGAGUCCGAGGAAUUUCAAUAUGAAAACCAUCCUUCUUGGGUUGCUGAUCAUGUAGAAGAGGAGGAAGAAUCCGAUUUCGUUAUUCAAAAUCAUGAUGAGGCAGAUGUCAAAUUGGGAAAUAUUUUGGAUUCUUAUUAUGACGGCGAACUUGGGGAGGAGGACAAAAAUAGCGAUGAGGACGAACCUGAUGAUAACUUAAUCGUUGAAGACCCACUUCAACCUAUGCCAUCCGACAGAGGGGAAUUAGAAGAGGAUGGGGAUUCAAGUUCAAACUCAAAAACCCUUUGUACAAAAAUCAAACUGCCUCUGCGUUACGCAGAUAAAUUGUCAAAACAACGAGGGAAAGUCAUUCCUAGGCUAAAAAGAAAAUAUACUCCACGAAAUUGGAGCUGUCUGCUUUGUGACAAAUCUUUACAGAGUUCAAGUAGCUUGGGACUCCAUUACUCACAAGUUCAUGAUAACCCAUCGACUUGGCCGUGUUUUGCAUGUGAUAAAAAAUUCGACAGGAAAGAGAAGCUCUACUCUCACAGAAGCAUAACCCACCAGAAUUUACCUAUCAACCAAACGCGAACAAAAAUUGCCCAGUUGUCAUCAAGACUAUCAGUCGUAGUACCAUCAUCAUCAGCUGCAUUAUCAUCCUCAACAUCAAUCCCAUUUAAAAAGACAAUCAAGAAACCAUCUUUGCUGAAGUAUGCAAAAUAUAACAUUCCUCGGAAUUAUUCGUGCUUGCUAUGCGACAAGAUUUCUUUUAGUCCCAGAGAACUGAGUCUUCACUACAUUACGAUUCACAACAAUCCGAAAAGCUGGGAGUGUUACACAUGCCAUGAAACAUUUGAUAUGAAGCACAGGCUUUACAAACAUAGAAGCACUGUUCACAAAAACAUGCCAGUUAAUCAGACCCCGAAUCACAUUGAAUUAAAACCCAAGUCGAAGCCAACUAAACCAGUUGUCGCGCUCAAAAACAAGAUCAAAAGACCAUCAUUGGCAAACUAUACUCCACGAAAUUGGAUUUGUCUACUUUGCGAUAAACUAUGCAACAGUUCGUUACAUCUCGGAAGUCAUUACUCGAUUGAACAUAAUAACCCUACUUCUUGGAGAUGCUAUGUGUGUGAGGAAGAAUUUGAUACGAAAAUACAAUUGUAUCGCCACCGAGGCGUUGUUCAUCAAAACUUACCAAUUAAUAAGAAGCAAACCUUGAAAAGUAAUGAAACAACAAAAUCUCAAUUCCAGCAUCAUGUAACAGUUCGGCCAUCGUUCUUUAAGAUAAAGAAAACUCAGAAACCUUUUAUGAAGAGUAGUAAAAUACUUGUCCCUUCUUCUAAUCACCGCAACUAUGCGUGCCUCUUAUGCGACAAAUUAUUUGGUAACGCGAUUGCUUUAGGAUCUCAUUAUUCUGAACAUGGUGGAGAACAGGGCAGAAUAACACGUUGGCCGUGUUCUGUAUGCAAUGAAGAGUUUGAUAUUAGAGCUAAGUUAUAUUAUCACAGGAAAGAAGUACACAAGAAUUUACCCAUUAAUCGCGACCUUGUCGAUCGACAAUAUGAACAUGAGGCCAAGAACAUUAAAAUAAUGGACGACGAGCAAGUUUCAUCAUUGUCAUCAACAAAUGAUCACACUGCUAAAAAUAGUGAGACAAUUCCAGUACCUUCCGCGACUACAGCAACGAGCACGAGUAAUAUCAGUUGGACAGUGCAAAAUCCAAGCCUGACAAAACCAAAAUUCCAAUAUACGUGUCUCUUAUGCGACAUUAGGUUUCCUCAUCCUAUCGCCUUAGGCAAACAUUACCGAGAAGCCCAUCCAGACACGACGGAAUGGAAGUGUAAUGUAUGUCACCGUGUAUUUCGAUUUAAAAAGACGUUAUACGUGCAUCGACGCGACAUCCACAAUAAUCUUCCCAUCGGUACUGGCCACAGAUCUAUCAAAAAGAAAUUGAAAUUGAAGGAAAUGAAGGAUGAUAAAAUUUCUACAAAAUCAAAAAAGAUUUUGUACAAAAGGAAAAAAAGAAACUACAAGUGUGUUUUAUGUUUAAUAGACUGUAAAAAUUCUCGAGGUGUUACAGAACAUUACAAAACUGAGCAUGGCACGUUAUCAAAAUGUUUAAAAUGUUCCCAAUGUCACAGAAUUUUUAGUAACUACAACUCCCUCUUUUCGCAUAAGAGACAUUAUCAUAAAGUGGAGAGUAAUAUGUAAUUCAAAAUAAAAAUUGAAGUGCACUUGUUGUUGUAACAAAUCAUACAUAUGUAACACGGAAAUUAUUAUACAUAAUAAUU